UCUACCUCCACCUCAACCUCUUCUACCUCUACCUCCACCUCCGCCUCAACCUCUUCUACCUCCACCUCCACCUCUACCUCCACCUCAACCUCUUCUACCUCCAUGUCCACUUCUACCUCUGCCUCUACUACCUCCACCUCUUCUACCUCCACCUCUUCUACCUCAUCCACCUCC